UUGAUAGUAUUACAAUAUUGAUCUAAAUCUCAUCACAACCACACAAUUACCUCGAGAUAAGUCAAAGUUCUGAUCUCCGGACAAUCUCCACCAUCGUUCGCACCUCCCCGUCCAGGCCAUGACCGUUGGCUCUCUGUUCGCCAUGCUCCAUCUCCAAUGGAAACCCUAACCCUAACUCCAUCUCGGAGCCUCCUCUACUACCAGAUCUCCGCCCUUCUCCUCACCUUCUCCGCCUACGCCGCCUUCCACGCCUCCCGCAAACCCCCCAGCAUCGUCAAGCCCGUUCUCGGCCCCGACCCCUCCGAAGCCAAUGCCGGAUGGCCCCCUUUCAACGGGCCCCGCGGGCCUCACCGCCUUGGCGAGCUCGACCUUGCUUUCCUCUCCGCCUACUCCCUCGGCAUGUACUUCGCCGGUCACGCCGGCGACCGCCUUGAUCUCCGCUUCCUCCUCUCCACCGGCAUGUUCCUCUCCGGUGCUUCUACGAUCACCUUCGGCCUCGGAUUCUUCCUCAAAAUCCACCGAUUCACGUUCUUCGUCGCCGUCCAGGUACUCGCAGGGUUAUUCCAUUCAAUCGGAUGGCCGUGUGUGGUCUCCGUGGUGGGGAAUUGGUUCGGGAAGUCAAGGCGAGGGCUUAUCAUGGGGAUAUGGAGCUCGCACACCUCCAUCGGGAACAUCCUCGGAUCGGUGAUGGCCUCCUCGGUUCUCGAGUUCGGAUGGGGAUGGUCCUUCAUCCUCCCAGGUUUGCUCAUCAUUCUGGUUGGGCUCUUCAUUAGGGUUUUCUUGGUGGUUGAUCCGAGAGACGUGGGAUUUGAAGCUCCGGAAGAUCAUGAGGUGAUAACGGAGAUGGAGAUGAAUCCCGGGGAGUGCUUGGAUGAUUUGGGGGAUAUUGGAGAAGAAGAGGAGAAGAUAGGGUUUGUAGAAUCGAAAUGGAAGAAGGAUGAGGAGGAUGCAUUGAAGGCAAUAGGGUUCAUGGAAGCAUGGAGAUUGGAAGGAGUUGCAGAGUUUGCUCUAUGUCUCUUCUUCUCAAAGCUUGUGGCUUUCACCUUCCUCUAUUGGUUGCCCUUCUACCUUCGCCACACUGCUGUUGCUGGGGAGCACUUGUCGCAAAAAUCUGCGGGAAUGCUUUCAACAAUUUUUGACAUAGGAGGAGUGUUAGGAGGAAUUUCGGCAGGGUUCCUUUCCGAUAGUAUUGAUGCGCGUGCUGUUACUUCGAUUUUAUUCCUUGUAUGCUCAAUUCCAGUUCUCAUCAUCUAUCGAAUUUUCGGGAGCAUCUCAAUGUCCUUGAAUAUCGGCUUAAUGUUUCUUUCUGGUUAUUUUGUGAAUGCCCCCUACUCACUUAUCACCACAGCAGUUUCUGCUGAUUUAGGUACUCAAGAUACUGUUAAAGGAAAUUCAAGAGCUUUAGCAACAGUUACAGCAAUCAUCGACGCAACUGGCUCUGUUGGAGCUACCUUAGGACCAUUGCUUACCGGAUACAUUUCGACCAGGGGAUGGAACAGUGUUUUCUUUAUGCUUGUUUCUGCAAAUUCUCUUGCAAUUAUGUUCUUGAUUCGACUUGCGAAAACUGAAAUCAAAAGUAAAAUGAAUGACAGGAAGUAAAUAUAACUGCAUGAUUUAUUUUUGUUCGUUUUUGUAUUCUGUUUUAUGAGUUUGUCAUCUUGAUUUUCUUAAAUUUUGAUGAAAUGCCCUUCCUUUUA